AUGCCCACGCAUCAACACUUGGUCGAUAAGAUGAGGAGACCCUCCUGCCUUGUUUUUUUGUUCUGUGGGGUAUUUUUACCUGGAAUCCUCAGUUUUCCACAGACAAACACCUCAAUCGAUUGUGAUUCUCUGCUGCCAAACUAUGAAGCUGAACCACAGACAUCAGCACCACCGUAUGUUAUUGCUGUAUCUUUUGAUAACUUCGAGCCAGGAAAUGAAAUCCAAGUGACUCUAGAAGCACUUAAAGGAGCUGGUUUUAAAGGAUUUAAUCUACAGGCUCGAGAAAUAGAUGGAGAUACUCCUGUUGGUACUUUUAAAAUUACAGAUCCAAACACUAAAGGCUUGGAAUGUCAUAAUAUGACGAAUUCAGCAAUAAGUCAUGCAAAUUCAGAUGUGAAACAGAAAGUUACAACAACAUGGAUUGCUCCACCUGAUGUUGGAGAGAUUCAAUUUAUUGCAACUGUUGUUCAAAAUCUAGACAAUUUUUGGGUUGGAAUUCAAAGCAAAACUCUCACACCUACACAUUCUGAGUCAGUAAAUGGGACAGAAAAAAGUAAAAGGAAGCUUAUGAUAGAAAUAGAAUGUAACAAGCGUGGAGGGACUUACACGACACAAGGCCGAUGCAUCAUGGUUGGACCUUCAGGUUCCUCUCAGAGCAGCUAUUCAGGCAGUCAGAGUGCAUCCCCAUCCAGUGGUAUUUCCUAUGGCCAGUCUGUCCCUUCAAGCAGCUCUGAUUCCACUAAGAAGGUAGUGGUCGUUGCCAACAGCAACCCUUUUCCACCUGUGCGUCAUACCUUCCCCCAGAGUUUGGGAAGUUCUGCUACAAGGAUCAUAGUACAGAGUGGACAAAGGCAGCAAAGUAGCAGCAGCAGCACUUACCUUCAGGGUUCCCAAGGCAGCCAGUCCUACAGCCAGGGCUACAGACCUCAAGGUGGCAGUUCCUAUGGCCAGGGUGGGCCAAGUUUCUCAGGCAGCAGCAGCAGUUCCUAUGGCCAGGGUUCCCAAGGCAGCCAGUCCUACAGCCAGGGCUACAGACCUCAAGGUGGCAGUUCCUAUGGCCAGGGCUACCAGCCUCAAGGUGGCAGUUCCUAUGGCCAGGGUUCCCAAGGCAGCCAGUCCUACAGCCAGGGUUACCAGCCUCAAGGUGGCAGUUCCUAUGGCCAGCAGCCGGGCAUCUAA